CACAAGUGUCGUAAGAUACUUUGCGUAUAUUUCAUGAAUUUCACGGCUUAUAUAAAUGGGGUAAUUCGGUUCCGCGUGAAACUGUGUCGAAUUAAAGCGCGGAAGGAUGGCGAAAUUCGCUCUUCUAUUUUGUCUCCUUAUUUUCUCUGCCUAUGGCAGCUCCCAAAUCAUCCCUUCGUUCUUCAAUCCGACGAGGAAAGUGCAACAAUUUGAAAAACAUGUUAUCGAAAAGAUCAACCAUAUCAUUAAUAAUGCGAACACGAUCUUUGUUCAGCCUAAGGAACGAGCUAAGCAGCUUGUAGAAGAGAUGAAAAAAAAGAGCGAGAAAAUAAACAAAGAAGCAAGAAAUUUUGUCAAUAACAUAUUAAAAAAUAUGGGUUUUGAAUUAAAUAAUAUAAAGAAACUAAUAAAAGGCAGUAAUGACUGCGAUGCACAAGAAAAAGAAUUGGAUCAUUUAUUCGAUGAAUUCGUAGAUUUGACUAAUAAUUGUACUUCAAAGAAGUUGAAUGAAGCGAUACAUCUUUCGGCUGAAAUAGACGUGAAAUCUGGAAACUUAUUGAAUGAUCUCAAUAAUAUUAGUAUGAACGCAGCAAAGUGUACAAAAAUAAACGAAUUUCCACUUGAAAUCAUGAAUUGCUUAAAUGACGCACUGAAUAAGGCAGUACAAUAUUCACUUGUGGAUAUUUUAGAAGCUACGAAAGAAAAUGAUUAUAUUAUCACUCUUAUUAUAAAGCUGAAAAUAUCAUUAAAUAAUUGCAACAUAGACGAAGUAAAAAAUAUUUCAAAACAAAUUACUGCAUUAAGAAACCAAAUUAAAGAAUGUUAUAAAAAUCUAUACACAAGUACCCCGAGUUCUUCCACAAGUACAUUGCAACCAACGACUAUCACAAAACCUGUGAUUACAUCGACCUCAAGCACAGAACAAUUUAGCAGCACAGAAGGACCAACUAGUUCUACUACAGCUACUUCAAGUACAGAGCAAUCAAUUUCGAGUAGCACGGAAGGAUCGUCUAGCUCUAAUACACAGUUCACUUCAGAUAGCACAGGAGAAUCAUCUAGCUCUAGUACAGGACAGCCAUCCUCAAGCAGCACAGGAGGAUCGUCUAGCUCUAGUACACAACAAUCUGAUUCAAGUAGCACAGAACAACCAAACAGUUCGAGUACAGCGCAAUCAAGCAGCACAGGAGGAUCGUCUAGUUCUAGUACAGAACAACCAAGUUCAAGUAGCACAGGAGGAUCAUCUAGUUCUAGUACAGAACAACCAAGUUCAGGUAGCACAGGAGGAUCAUUUACUUCUAGUACAGAACAACCAAGUUCAGGUAGCACAGGAGGAUCGUCUAGUUCUAGUACAGAACAAUCAAGUUCAGAUAGCACAGGAAGAUCAUCUAGUUCUAGUACAGAACAACCAAGUUCAGGUAGCACAGAAAGACCAUCUAGCUCUAGUACAGGAUUGCCAUCCUCAAGCAGUACAGGAGGAUCAUCUAGCUCUAGUACAGGAUUGCCAUCCUCAAGCAGCACAGGAGGAUCGUCUAGCUCUAGUACACAACAAUCUGGUUCAAGUAGCACAGAAAGACCAUCUAGCUCUAGUACAGGAUUGCCAUCCUCAAGCAGCACAGGAGGAUCGUCUAGCUCUAGUACAGAACAACCAAGUUCAGGUAGCACAGAAAGACCAUCUAGUUCUAGUACAGGAUUGCCAUCCUCAAGCAGUACAGGAGGAUCAUCUAGCUCUAGUACAGGAUUGCCAUCCUCAAGCAGCACAGGAGGAUCGUCUAGCUCUAGUACAGAACAACCAAGUUCACAUAGCACAGAAAGACCAUCUAGUUCUAGUACAGGAUUGCCAUCCUCAAGCAGUACAGGAGGAUCAUCUAGCUCUAGUACAGGAUUGCCAUCCUCAAGCAGCACAGGAGGAUCAUCUAGCUCUAGUACAGAACAAUCAAGUUCAGGUAGCACAGACAGACCAUCUAGCUCUAGUACAGGAUUGCCAUCCUCAAGCAGCACAGGAGAAUCGUCUAGCUCUAGUACAGAACAAUCAAGUUCAGGUAGCACAGGAGGAUCAUUUAGUUCUAGUACAGAACAACCAAGUUCACGUAGCACAGAAAGACCAUCUAGCUCUAGUACAGGAUUGCCAUCCUCAAGCAGCACAGGAGGAUCGUCUAGCUCUAGUACAGGACUGCCAUCCUCAAGUAGCACAGGAGGAUCGUCUAGCUCUAGUACAGUAGUGCCAUCCUCAAGCAGCACAGGAGGAUCAUCUAGCUCUAGUACAGAACAAUCCGGUUCAAGUAGCACAGAACGACCAGGUAGUUCGAGUACAGCUCAAUCAAGCAGCACAGGAGGAUCGUCUAGCUCUAGUACAGGACUGCCAUCCUCAAGCAGCACAGGUGGAUCAUCUAGCUCUAGUACAGGAGUGCCAUCCUCAAGCAGCACAGGAGGAUCCUCUUCAAACACAGUUAUUAGUACCACACCAAUCUCAAAUAUUACUUUGCCUCCUUGUAUAUGUUUUAAUUAUGGUUCUUAAUUUAUUCCAUUAUAACAUAUGAAAAAUAUUUUUUUUUGUUUGAAAGAUACAUAUAGUUAUAUUUAUUUAUAUAUUGGAUGAAUUUAUUAAUUAAUAAUUGAACUAUAUGUCAUUGUUCGUAAUAAAUUUAUAUUAUUGAAAUAUAAUGUUUUCAAUACUGUCUACUGGAAAUAUUAUUAUUUUGAAUUUUACUAGAUAAAUUUUGAUCUUUAUGUUGAAGAUUGAUAUCAUUGUGUGUAAAAAAAUGAAUGAUGUCUAAUAUGGUCAUUCUUUUUGAAAAUGAUAUUAAUUUUAUUUCUCACUUUGCAAAAUAACUAACAAUAUGUUAUUCUUGGGGAAUGAUGCAUAUGUUCACAUGUAUUAUUGGAAAAAAAAAAGUAUUUAAAUAAAUUUCUAAAUGUUGAAAUUUUGAAACAUCUCAAUAUUAUUUAUCAUGAAUAACAAUUAUAUAAUAAAUACUUGAAGAACCUUAAAGUCAGAAUAUUAAAGAUAAAACUUUGAAUCAAAUGUUUUCUAAUAUUUAUCAAUCUAAUUUCAAUUAUUCGUGUCAUGAGUAGUUUCCACCUUCUCAAGAAUCUCAUAUGAAAAAUAAUUUAACUCUAAAAUGAGAUACUAACUUAUUCGUUAACGAAGUCUGAGUCGUUUUGUCUGCUUAUGUUCAUCUGAUCGUUGUGUUAGACCCUUUUCCUCGAGGAUAAGCCACGAUCCUCAAGAGGAAAGUACUUCAUACCAAAAAAAAAAAGAAAUAAGUGGCACGCGAGACGACGUGCCACGUCCUUCAAGGUUUUUCCCGGCAUCAUUGCGUUUUCUCUAACAAGAGAUGCGAAACUAUCACCAUAUAGUGUUUCUUCAUUAAUCGCAAAAAAGAAAGGCGAGUAAGAGAUAAGGAGAGAUAUUCGAUAAAAAUAAUUUCGUUCGAAUUUAUUAUCAUAAUUUUUUUGUCAUUCUUUACAAUAUUUCAUAUAAGUGUACAUAUGUAUCUCUUAAAUUACGUUAUAAAUAUUUCCUUGAUUUUUUAUUUCAAGACAAAUUAUUACACCAUUCUGAAAUGGCUUUGGUUUCUAAUAAAAUUAAGUGAUUAAUGUAAAUAAGGAGAUUGACAAGACAAUCGGAUGAUUUCGAUGCAAACGAUGUUUCUUCCUUGAAUGAAAUUAAGCUUGAUGAAAGAUAACGAAAUUCAAUCAAGUUUAGUAGAAAAUUGUGUACAAUAUUUUAUUUGCAACAAAUACGUAAUUAAAAAUGGAAUAAAUUAAAGAAAUGUAAAAUAAAUUAAAUUAAUAAUAA